AACGGAAGUACGUGAUCGUGCAGUAGAAAGGUUAGGAAUUACACUUAAAGUACUUAGGGCAGUUGAGUUGCGAAAGGUUACGCAAUCUAGAACGUAUUUCAAUAAAAAAAAAAUAAAAAUAAAGUUUGUUUGACUUGUUAACGGGGUCAACCCCUUCGCGGGACGAUCUUUUUUUGUAACUUACAUUGAGCGUGUGAAAUCACUUCAGUCCGCUAUAGUUGCAACUCUAUCUGGACUGGACGAUGCCCCUGGCACAGUUUGCGGAUCCUUGGCAGAAGCUGCCAGUUGGACAUUUGGAGCAUGAGGAUGACUCUAUGGGGGAUGACGAUGCAAAUGCAGUCAGUGAUGAAGGCCCCAUAAAGGAGAUCAGCAUCACACAUCACGUGAAGGAGGGCUCAGACAAGGCAGACACGAGACAGUUCGAGCUCCGUAAAGUUCUCGGCCAGGGCUCCUUUGGCAAGGUUUUCCUUGUGAGGAAGAUAACUGGGCCAGAUGCAGGACAGCUCUAUGCCAUGAAGGUCCUCAAGAAGGCAACACUGAAAGUAAGAGACCGAGUGCGGACAAAGAUGGAGAGGGACAUCCUUGUCGAGGUCAACCACCCAUUCAUUGUGAAACUGCACUACGCGUUCCAGACGGAAGGGAAGCUUUACCUGAUCCUGGACUUCCUUCGAGGAGGGGACCUGUUCACUCGCCUCUCUAAGGAGGUCAUGUUCACGGAGGAGGAUGUGAAGUUUUAUCUGGCUGAACUUGCUCUUGCCUUGGACCAUUUACACAGCCUGGGAAUCAUCUACAGGGACCUCAAACCUGAGAACAUUCUCCUGGAUGAAGACGGUCACAUUAAACUCACUGAUUUUGGGCUGAGUAAGGAGUCUAUAGACCAUGAGAACAAGGCAUACUCUUUCUGUGGGACAGUGGAGUACAUGGCCCCUGAGGUGGUGAACCGCAGAGGCCACACCCACAGCGCUGAUUGGUGGUCUUAUGGUGUACUUAUGUAUGAAAUGCUGACCGGAAUGCUGCCAUUCCAGGGGAAAGAUCGAAAAGAUACCAUGACCAUGAUCUUAAAAGCUAAACUGGGUAUGCCUCAGUUUCUGAGUCCUGGGGCCCAGUCUCUCCUCCGCAACCUGUUCAAACGAAACCCUGGCAACCGGCUCGGGGCGGGGCCUGAUGGGGUGGAGGAGAUCAAGAGGCACCCUUUCUUCUCCACCAUUGACUGGAACAAACUGUUCCGUAGAGAGAUUAACCCACCCUUUAAGCCAGUCAGUGGACGUGCGGAUGACACUCUCUACUUCGACACUGAAUUCACGGCAAAAACUCCACGAGACUCCCCCGGUGUGCCCCCCAGUGCAAAUGCUCAUCAGCUGUUCAGAGGCUUCAGCUUUGUAGCAGGAGGAGCAGAAGAGGAGAGUCAACCUCCCAUCCAGACCAACACCACCAUCAGUAGUGUACUGCAGCACCGGAACGCGUGUCAAUUCACUGAUGUGUAUGAAGUGAAUGAGGACAUCGGCGUGGGCUCCUACUCCAUCUGCAAACGCUGUGUCCACAAGAGCUCAGCCAUGGAAUAUGCUGUCAAAAUAAUCAAUAAGGAGAAGAGGGACCCAACAGAAGAGGUGGAGAUUCUCCUGAGAUAUGGACAGCAUCCCAAUAUCAUCACACUGAAGGAUGUGUAUGAUGAUGGUCGGUCUGUGUACCUGGUGACGGAGCUGAUGAAGGGGGGAGAACUGCUGGAUAAGAUCCUCCGGCAGAAGUUCUUCUCAGAGAGGGAGGCCAGCGCCGUGCUGCACACCAUCACCAAGACUGUGGAGUACCUGCAUGUGCAGGGGGUGGUGCACAGGGACCUGAAGCCCAGUAACAUCCUCUAUGUGGACGAGUCUGGCAAUCCUGAGUCCAUCCGGAUCUGCGACUUUGGUUUUGCAAAGCAGCUCAGAGCUGAGAAUGGCCUACUGAUGACUCCAUGCUACACAGCUAACUUUGUCGCUCCUGAGGUGCUGAAGAAACAGGGUUAUGAUGCAGCCUGUGAUAUUUGGAGUCUGGGAGUGCUACUGUAUACCAUGCUUACGGGCUUCACUCCCUUUGCUAAUGGUCCUGAAGACACUCCCGAGGAGAUACUGGCUCGCAUUGGCAGCGGCAAGUUCUCCCUCACGGGUGGAUACUGGAACUCCGUCUCGAAUGAGGCUAAGGACCUGGUAUCCAAGAUGCUGCAUGUUGACCCUCACCAGCGACUGACAGCCGCCCAGGUGUUGCGUCACCCUUGGAUCGUCCACAAGGACCAGCUACCCAAAUUCCAGCUCAACCGACAGGACACACCGCAGCUAGUAAAGGAGGCAAUGGCUGCCACUUACUCAGCUCUCAAUAGAAAUGUGUCCCCUAUGCUGGAGCCCGUGGGCCGCUCCACCCUUGCCCAGCGCCGUGGGGUCAAAAAGAUUACCUCCACUGCCCUCUGAACUCUGACCUCCCAGCAGCAGUGGCCUGUGUUGGGUAUUAGCGCUGCAACAUCGCUCUGUUUGAAUAUGGAACAGCGGACCAAAAUUUAAAAAGGAAAACGGGGAUGUUUGGAUCUUCCGGCCUCUGGUGAUGAGGAAUGAAAUCAUCAAUCAGUGGAAAUUCAUUGCUCGCACAAUCACUGCUGUUUCUCAAAUUGGGAGCAUUAUGCAAAGCUCUUUAAAAUGGAAAUUAAUGUAUAUUCUUUUAUAAAAAUGUUAUAGAAAUUUACUUUAUAAUGGAAUUGUGUAUGACUAUAAUGCGGUUUGUAUGAGUCUGGGUUCAAAAAACAGUUUUACAUUGAGGACCUGAGAAAUGUUUGUGGGUUUUUUUGUUUCUUUUCUUCCGUGUUAUAUUUAUCAUAUGGAAGUAGCUCUUUGACACUCUGCUAUAAGACCAACUUUGCUUUAUCCAAAUGCAGACCACCUGAGCUGAGAUGCAUGGGCUGAGUCACUGUGCUAUUCAGAAGAGUGAAAAGAGGCUCUGGGAGCAGACACAACAAUAGUCAUAAACAUUAAAAUAAUUCUGUAAUAUAAAAUUAGAAAAUUUCAGUUGUUUUCUAGAAAGGAUUUCUUAGUAUUGUUUUAACAAGGAUUCUCUGUCCUACAGUAAUUUUAAGAAAAAUGACACGCCAAUCUCAGGUGAGCUCUUACACCUGCAUCUGUGAAAUCAGUCCCCAUAGGCACAUGUGCGCUCCUUAUUCAUGGCUUGUCCUUUUUAUCCAGGUCUGUUUAAAUGUGGCCACAGCAGCUGAAACGCACAGCGCAGAGCUGCGAUACAUGUUAGUAUGGUAGGAAAUAAGCAGCGGGCAAAAAGCCUCGAAGGCCAAAACUAUUUACUUGGCGAUUAUUUGUGCUGCCGUCGUUUGCACGGGGUUGGUUACCUUUUCACAGCGUCUGGUUAUAGAAAACAGCACAGCUUACACUAAAACGGACCAGCCUCUGCGUAGCACUGUACUUCUCUUAGACCCAGAGCGUUUAAUCACUCCACCUGUUUUUUUUUUGUUUGUUUUGUUUGUUUUUGUUUUUUGUCUGUGUUCGUUUUCUUUGCAAUUUAAAGAAAAGUGUGUAGACUUCGGGCGAUCUGAUACACAUUUCAGACCUUUCAGAAUGUUUAACUUGUACAUGAGUACAAUCAGGUUUCUAUUAUGGUGUACGUGAGGAAGCAGAUUUGCUGUCGGAUACGUGUUGUGCGGCGGAGGAACAGGAACGCUAACCUAGCGUUCCUCUCACGGCCUGCUGCACUCGGCGGCGUGUUGUUUUAAUCUAUAAACUGCUGUUAAUUUCAACGUGGGUUUGAACGAGGUCCUUUUAUACUACUCUAGUAGUAAUGAAUAUGUUCUAAACAAUCAUAAUAAAACAUUUAAGUAUUA